UGAGGAAGAAGAGGCCACCGUUCGGAGCAGCGCUCACGCACGUCUAACCGCUGAGGGAACGGCGGAGUCGUCGAGGUCCCAGUGCCAUCUAUCGAAGAGCGCCAGCAGAGGCGAGGCAAUGCAGCCAGCUCCUGCAGAAGAGGGUUCUACGUUUGCGGCUCUCGCUGCUGAGCAGGAGCACGCGCCUGACGCUCCCGCGACCGACCGCGACACAGCAGCGGCCCACUCUCGGACGGAUGCUCUGCCGAAGGCUGCCAGCUGCACUGCCAGGCGACCGCGCAAGGAGCGACGCAACCGGCGAUCAGUGCCCGCGGUACUGUUGCUUCGUCUGCCGCAGUGGCGCCGAUACGGGCUCAAGGUAGCCACCGCCACGGCAUGCACGCUCGCCGUCUGCUUGGCCAUCCCCGCGGCAAUCAGGUUCUCAGUGGGCUGCUGGCAGCCGCACUGCACCGACUGGGUGGCCGAAAUGAGCAGCUCUCUGGAUCUGACCAAGAGCCCUUGUGACAACUUCUACAGCUUCGUCUGCGGGAAUGAUGAGUCGCCGCUAAGGCUUCUCUCCAAGGGUGGUUUCGUCCGGUUGACGAUCAGCGUGUACUUGUCCUUCGUGAAGAGGCUUCUGGUGACCGACUUCAGGGACCCGCAGGAAGAGCUGAGCGUGGCUCAUAGGCGCUACCUUCAGCUCUCGCAGCGGUGCUUUCAACAGGCCAUCAGCGGAGGCGAGCAUGUGGACACUGUCAAAGCCGUUAUGUCUGAGCACGGGCUGUCGUGGCCGCCUGAGAAGGACCCGUCUCGUUCGCUGCUGGAACGGCUGCUCGAGCUGAGCCUGGUACGGGGAAUACACGUGCUCUUCGCGGUGCAGCCAGGCGUGUACCUUAAAAGACCUGGCUUCUACAUCCUUCAUCUGGGCGUCAACCUGCUGUCGCUCACCCAGUGGAGUAUCAUGCGCGGCCUGCUCAUCCAGGCGGGUGACCUCGGCUCCUUCUUCGUGAGAACUGCCGCCGUGCUCUCCAAUAAACCGAUGGAUCCGCUGCUGGUUGAACGACUGGUGGCUCUGGACAACAUGAUCAUGACCGUGGCUAUAGGCACUUCCUUUUCCGAACGGCUGAACUUCACUGAACAAUUCGUGAGCUUCGCCAAUCUCGGAAACUACACUGGAGAGUUCUUUUCUGGCGAAGUCCUCCUAAAAACCGCGAACAAUGUGUUAGAAAUGUAUACCGAGCCACUGUCGCCGGAGGACGAGCUCAUGUUGACCCAAGGCCCACACUUGCGGCUUCUCGGUCGUCUUCUUUUGGCUCAAGCAGAUUCAGAGACGGUCCAGGUGUACACGGCGCUUAUGCUUGCCCGAGCUCUGUCGCCUGCGGCUUCGCAAAAACUUGUCGAAGCUCAGACGCCUGGAAAUGGUGAGUCCCUGAUAGCGACGAUACUCUCGCUGACACACUGUCUCAUGGUCGCUGUGGUAGAGCUGCCGUACAUAGGCGGGGACCUGUUCGUGCAAUGGUUCUUUCCUGGCGGACACAUGGACGCGGUGCACGACAUGGUGGCACGCGUUGCAAACGCGACGCGAGAAACUUUCAAGACACUGCACUGGAUCGACGAGCCAACGCGCCGCAACGCGCUGCUUCGUAUCUCCAGUCUGGAGCGGAUUGUCGGGCGUCCCGAGAAUCUGUCCACGAUGAGGGAGCUUGACGAUUACUACUCAUUCCUGCCAGCCGCGCCGAAGGACAUUACUUAUCCGGAAAUGCUGUUCGCCAUGAUGCGCUCCAGAGCAACCGGGGCGCUGAGGCUCCUGAGCCCCUCGCGUUCCGUCUUCAGUCACGUGAGACAGGAGGUCCCUAUGGUAGUGGUGAACGCCUUUUACGUUCCCAUCUACCACAUGAUAGUAAUCCCUCCCGCCAUCAUGUUCUCACCUUUCUUCAAGCGCACGGGCGUGCCGGCGGCGCUCAAUUAUGGCAGCCUUGGUCACGUGAUUGGCCACGAGAUCACACAUAGCUUCGACGAGGAUUUCGGCCUGUACAACAGGUUCGGCGAGCGCGAGGAUUGGUGGUCACAGCAGUCGCGCGCCAACUUUCGCGACCGGCUGCGCUGUCUGCGUCGGCUCUACAAUGAGGUAUCCGCCGGCACAGGAAUUGAUUUCGGCGACACGGCGUUAGCGGAGAACUUCGCUGACUGCGGUGGUAUGGCGAAGGCAAUACAUGCCUUUCGAAACCUUGGACCACAACCCGCGAUAACCCUGAAAGGCCGCGAGUUCACCGCCGAGCAGCUUUUCUUUCUUUCGAGCUGUUACAAGUGGUGCUGGCCAAUGCAAGACUCCGAGAGUUUGCGAAAGGGCGGCAAAAAAGACAAGGUCAUCAUCAAAUACUACUCGCCGAUGGACAUGCGUUGUAACGUGCCACUGAUGAAUAUGCCCGAAUUCGCGGUGGCUUUUGCUUGCGCCAACGGAUCGUACAUGAGCUCGCUGAACCGCUGCGAAGUGCUGUGAUACGAGUAACUGCACAGCAUAAUAUAGUUUUGAUUUCCAAUCUGUGCUUUCCUAGGCGGGUAAUGUUGACAAUUCGUAUCAAAUGUAUUAAAAACUUUACGUCAACGGGUAUAUUGUUCCAAUCACGUUCAUCUGCUUCCUGUGUCAUAUGUAUGGCUUCAUUUUUUUUAGCAGUAGGUUUUUUUUUGGUUUUUAGGGAAUUCCUAAUGAUUUAACUAGAGUUAAGGACUAACGACACUGGCAACUCAUAGUCGCGCUAGUUCCUGCCUACUUCGUUCGUGUAUGUGUGUGUGUUAAUUUGUGAUCAUCCUCUGAUAGCCAAGGUUCACCAACUAGUCAAGCAAGUAGUAGUACUACGAUUUAAGUAGACCUCUUCUUUACAUAGUCCACAUGUGGCUACUGCACGGCUUGCCCGCGGUUCUAAGGUAUGUAGAGGGCAAGUGAGGUCGUAACUGUGGAAAAUGAA